CCCCCCCCCGGCGAUGCACUAUUGAGAAGCAACUAUUCAUCUGGCUGUUGAUGGUUGCGAGUCUGCUUUGCUGUGCACGGCUAUAUAGUACUCCCCUUCUUUUCCUUGUCGUUCUACUUCUUCUUCCUCUUUUACCAGCAGCGGCCGAUCCAUGUCCAUGUUGGAGAGAGUGCAAAGUCACGUCUCACACCCAUUUUCAUCUUCGUCCAUUUCUUUCAGGUCGCGCCUCGUUUCCUUGUAAUUACCGCUGCGCACCUCUUCGUCUCUAUCCGGCGAGUCCCAGGUCUGCACUUGUCCGGCUUCCCGGCUUUCCGUUCUUAUUUUACGCCUGAACGACAACAUCUUCUCAGCUCGCUGUGUGGUUUUGGGGGCGGCCCCGGGGUUCCAUUUUUUGCAGCCAGCUCUCUCAUCGUCACCG